UGCAGGACUUGGAAGUCCAACACAGCGCCAUCUUCAUGCUUUGUUUAUUGCUGCCAAAGGAACACUUACACACUCUCAGCUUCUUGCUGCUGCUGUUUCGGGACAUUGCGCAGCAGGACAGCACCCAGAUGACGAUUGAUGCGCUCGCCUCCAUCCUGGCACCAAACCUGAUCAAGCCCCUCGACGAUUCCGAUGUCACGUCUCCACGCGAGCUCGCCAACCACGCGUCCUGCGUCGGCAUCACUGCCCUCUUGAUCGAGCAUGCUGACCAGGUUGGCACUGUGCCCGUGCCCGUGCUGGAGGCGGCACAGCAGCUUGACGAGGACACGGCACGCGUCGAUUAUCAGAAGGCAAUCUCGGGUCGCAGGCGGCGCAGGUUCAGGUGGUUCCGCAAGAGACGACAGUUGCCGCGAAACAGCGGCGCUGUCUCCGUCAAAACACUCAACCUCCUCAAGCAGUCGGAGCGGGCGGUGCGUGACCAGAGGAGUCCGUCGAUGGACCGGCGCAUGCCGAAUCGGGGGUCCACAUCGAGCGCUGUGCAGUACAGCCGCGUCCUCAAUCUUCGCAGCAGUGGUGACAUGACCGCAAACGGAAGCCAGGCCCAAACCGCAGCCCCCUCCAAACCAUCCCCACUCAGAAAUGCGUCGUGAUAGCUUGUCAGGAACAUCAUCCCCCCCCCCAGCAAUACCCGCCCUCGCUGAUCACUUGUUUUGUUUUUUUUCUGUGCACGUCGUGCUGCCUUGCGUGUGAUUGGUGGUGUCGCUGGCGCAUGUGUCAUUGGUGUGUUCUGUUUGGCCUGUUGUUUGGCCUGAAAUACGGUCUUGGUGAUUAAUCAAGCAUCCAUGAAGCAAGCAUUGCUUCCUCGAUGCUGUUUCUGUGAUUUUGUGCGUGCGUGUGUGUGUGUGUGUGUGUGUGUGUGUGUGUGUGUGUGUGUGUGUGUGUGUGUGUGUGUGUGUGUGGUUGUGGCUAUAGUGAGUGAUGUACCGCCUGCUUUUUGGUGGCGGCAUCCGAUCCCCAUUGUCCCCUCGUUCUGUUUUGUCUCUCUCACAUUUGUUUGCUCUGCUUUCCUUCUGUCUACGCAUGCGUGCCUGCUUUGACUUGCCUGUGCAUGCACCCUUUUCCCCCUUGUUACGCUGGCAUUCGCUUUGGUUGCCCUGGUGUGUUCCUCGUCCACUGCCCCUCUCAUCUUGCUUCCCGUGCUUCUUGUGUUUCCAAUGGUAGCUGUGCUCUUGUGUGCGAGUUGGAGAAUGCUUGUGCACGUUUGUUUCGUGUGUACAGUUGUGCUGCGCCCCAUAUGCGUGUGCGGCAACAACUGCUUGUUCCUUCUCCUUUUCGUGUGUUAUUCUAGAGAGAGAGUGAACGAGACUCGUAGCCCUUUGCUCGUGUCAUGUGGCGUAUGGCGUGUGUCUGGAAAGCGAACGGUCCAACAUGCGACAUUCGAAGUGGACCGCGAUGAAUGAAACAACAACACAACACAGA